AUGAUGCCCUAUUCCAUCAGCGGUCGCACGUCUCCGCCGCAAUCUACGUUGGGAAGGCGAUCACGAUUCACUUACCGCCAGCUCGCUCAACUUUCCUCGCAUAACACGUCCAAUCCGCUUCGCGUCAUCGCUCACAUCUAUCUCGAUGCAUUCUACGCGCAGUGCGAGAUGGUGCGCCUCGGCGUUCCCGAGGACAGACCCCUUGCUGUCCAGCAGUGGCAGGGCCUUAUUGCAGUCAACUACGCGGCUCGCAAAUAUGGUAUCGGCCGCCACUGCACCGUUACGGAGGCCAAGAAGCUGUGCCCCGAUUUGAUUGCCCAACAUGUGCCCACGUGGCGAGAGGGAGACGAAAAGUGGGCGUAUCGCGACGAUGCUGCGGCCAACAUUGCAUCGGACAAGGUCUCUCUAGACCCUUACAGGCUCCAGUCGAGAGAGAUUCUAGCCGUCAUCAAGGGCGCCCUCCCUCCCGAUCUGCAACGGGUGGAAAAGGCCGGCAUCGACGAGGUCUUUCUCGACCUCUCGGCUCACGUGCACUCCGUCCUGCUGGAAAGGUUCCCGGAGCUCUCCAGUGCACAAUCUUGCGGUAAUGACCCGACGGAGUUGCUACCCCUGCCAUCGAUUUCAGCACUGGACUGGCAGGCCGAUGCCCUGGUGGAUCUCGACGAAGAAGAGGAAUGCCAAGAUCCCGACUGGGAUGACGUUGCCAUUCUCGUUGGGUCCGAAAUCGUCCGCGCCGUCCGCACGCAGGUUCGCAAGAAACUAGGCUACACAUGCUCAGGGGGAAUAGCGAACAACAAAAUGCUGAGCAAGUUGGGCUCUGGCUUCAAGAAGCCCAACUGUCAGACGGUGAUUCGGAAUCGCGCAAUCCACUCAUUCCUCGCCGACUUUAAGCUGACAAAGAUUCGAAACUUGGGAGGCAAACUCGGCGACCAAGUGGUCUCCACGUUUCAUACAGAUAGCGUCAAGGAGCUCCUGCAGGUGCCACUUGACCAGAUGAUGGCGCAGAUGAUGGCCGAAGAUACGGGGCUUUGGUUGUACAACACCAUCCGAGGUAUCGAUACGAGCGAAGUGAAUCUGCGUACCCGGAUCAAGUCUAUGCUCUCGGCCAAGUCCUUCCGGCCGAGCAUCAACACCCCCGACCAAGCGUUCCGGUGGCUCAGGAUCUUUGUCGCCGACAUAUAUGCACGCCUGGUGGAGGAGGGCGUCCUGGACAACAAGCGACGACCUCGCACGGUCACUCUGCAUCACCGAGCCGCCGGCCAGACGCGCAGCCGUCAAGGUCCAAUCCCGCUGGCCAAGACGCUCGACGAGAAUGUUUUGCUCCAUUUGGCCGAGGACCUUCUCCGCCAAGUCAUUUCCGGCGGUAGAGUCUGGCCAUGCGCUCAUCUGAGUCUCAGCGUGGGUGGCAUUGAGGAUGGAAUUCAGGGGAACAGGGCCAUCGGCGACUUUCUCGUCAAGGGUAGCGCGGAGACGGACGUUCGGCAAGCGACUGGCUCGGGCAGCAGACCUGCCCCCUGUGAUACGAUGAACAAGAAGGCUCCGGUUGAAAAUGGCGGGAUACAUCGAUUCUUCGGCAAGGCAGCGGCCCCCCUGGACAAGGCUGUGGUAGCCGGCGGGCCAAGCGCAAGCACGGCAGGCGGCGAGGCAGCCCUUGAUAGCCCUUGCGGAUCAACGUCGAAGGCGCAGUUUCGGCCACUCUCGCCCAGCGAAGCGCAUACGCAGGAUCCAACAAGCACCCGCGGCUUUGUUUGUUCGAGAUGCAAAGCGGAAUUCGACGACACGAGGUCGCUGCAGAGCCAUGAGGACUGGCACAUGGCCAUGGACCUCCAGGACGAGGAAAGUGGCGGGCAUUCGUCCGCCACAAGCGCGCCUACGACGAAAUUUCCCACCUCGAAGGUGGCGGUUGGCACAUCGAGACGCAGCCGCAGCAGAAAGCUCGAGCAGGGACAGAAGAAGCUCAAGUUUGGAUGA